AAUGGUGAACUGUUUGGAUACAUCCUAGACUACUUACAUGGAGAAAUACGAAUCCCCAGUGAUGAACAAAUGAGAAUUGCUCUGCAAGAGGAAGCAGAUUACUUUGGAAUUCCAUUCCCUUACAGUCUCACUGAACAUUUGGCCAAUGAAAUGGAGACUCAUUCUUGUAACUCAAAUUUAGAGCUUAAAAAGGUCUUGUUUGACUUCUGUGAUUCUUAUGGUCUUCUAUGCACAAAGCCUACAGUGUGGGUGUUACAUUACUUACACACGUGUGGCUCCAGCUGUGAGAGUCGGAUCAUUGGCAUCUAUGCAACUAGAGAAGAUGGGGAUUCAGCUCUACGGAAACAACUGGGAAACCGAAUCAAUCAUAAACAUAUGUACAAAAGGGAAGCUGGUGGUAAUAUUCAGUACAUUUUGAGCUACUACAGUGUAUCUGAGCUGAAAACCAUGAUGGAUGCUUUUGAAACCUGGGAAGGAAGAGGAUUCAGCUACUGGAGGGUACCUCAAGAACUAAUUGAGUGCUGGACCCUAGAAGAACGAUCAAUACAAGGUGAUCCAGGCUAUAUAACACCAGUGAGGACUAGG